UGCACAAUAAUCAAAAUGUUCAAAAUCCUGAUGAUCUGCGCUAUUAUUGGCCUGGCCGCCGCCCUCCCCAGUGACCAUGUCGAUGUCGUUGAGGAAAAAAAUGACGUGCGUGCAGAUGGCGCCAAAGCAGAACUUAAACUAACUGACGGCACCGAGGAGACUAGAGACAUAGAUGAGCACGGCGUAUACCACGGCACCAGCUCCUGGGUCUCACCCGAGGGAGAACACAUUAAGUUCACUUAUGUGGCUGAUGAGAACGGUUACCAGCCCCAGGGUGAACAUAUCCCAACCCCACCCCCAACUCCAGAGCCAAUUUUGAAGGCUCUUGCUUAUCUCGCGUCUCAUCCUCCAGCACCCGAAAGCCAUGGACAUCAUUAAGGAAAAGCUUCUGAUGAUCUAAUAGAAUGAACCGUACAAUGGACUUGACUUUGGAAUCCUGUUGAUGAACUUUAGUUUUUAAGUCUUCUGAUCAUAAUAAAUUAAACUGCAACUCUUGAAA